AUGAAUAAUUAUAUAAAAGUAGAUUUAAUUCAUAAUUUAUAUAAAAACAAAAAAUGGACAGAAAUAAAAUUAAAUAAAUUUGACAAAAUUGAAAAUAUAAAACAAAAAAUUUAUACACACACAGGAACUCCUUGUGAUAAUAUGAAUUUGUAUGCAUAUGAUGAGUUAAAUGUUGAACAAACUCAAGUAUUUUUAAAUAAUGAUAAAUUAUGUUUAAAUGAUUAUAAUGUUAAAGAUAAUUACACUAUUUAUAUACAAGAAAAAAGCAAAACAUUUACGAAUGAUUUAUAUAAUAUUGAUGAUGAAGAAAAUUUAGAAAAAUUGAAGCAUUUAAAAUAUAAAAUAAAAGAAGAAGAUUAUAAUAAAAGACCAGAUAACGUCAGAACUUUUCUAAGAAAAUUAAGGGAGAAAAAAAAAGAAGAAAAUAUUAAAUUAAAUGAUAACGAGCAAAAUACAUAUAAUGCAUAUGAUGAAGAAUUAUAUAAAAUUGGGGGGAGAUGUAGAGUUAAAAUGGGAGACAGAAGAGGAAUUUUAAAAUAUGUUGGAAAUUUAAAAAAUAACAGUGAAAUUUUUGUUGGGGUUGACUUAGAUGAACCUUUAGGAAAUUCAGAUGGAUUUUAUCAUAACCAAUUAUUAUUUGAAUGUAAAGGAAAUAAAUAUGGAUAUAUUGGAAAUAUUAAUUCAAUUGAAAUGGGAGAUUUUCCUCCUUUUGAUAUUAUGAAUUUAGAAGAAUUUUAA